AUGGCACUAACUGGCAUGGAAUUAGACGGUGGUCGAUGGAGAUUCAUGUUUGUUUGCAACGGACAGACACCUUGUCCCACGCUGUACGCUGAGGAGGGUGAUCUCGUCGCAUUGACAGUCAAGAGCGACGUCUAUGCUCAGUCUUCCAUUCACUGGUCUGGCAUUGGGCACAAGGCAACCGGAAGCUGGAACGACGGCACCGCUGGAAUAUCGCAGUAUCUUAUUCUUCCCCGUGGCAACUUCACAAGCGUAAUUGACACGAAUGGCUCUUGGGGCCUCAACUGGUACGCUGAGCACACAACUGCGGCGUCUGCUGAUAGCCCAUCUCGACUUCGUCCCUACCGUCUCAUCACCGAAGAUGACAUCGAGCUACGAAAUAUUAUGGAGACCGAGAAGCAGGUGCGGCAUCUCGCCAUCAAGAACCACCAACAUCGAGACACUGGCUGGAAAGUGCUUCGCAUGCGCGCUGAAGGGUCAGAAUUCUAUUGCUAUGAUUCAAUUCUCGUCAAUGGUAAGGGCCGUGUGCACUGCCGCCAACCGGGAUACGAGCAACUGGACGGACUUCGCCUCGAUGAGACAGGUUGCAUCCAACCACCUGGUCUCCCCGAAGAAUCAUGUACUCCAAGUGAAGCGGAUUAUGAGAUCAUUGGAACGGAAGGCAGAGCUUACAUCAUGUUGAACUUGAUCAACAUUGGCUUCGAGCAUUCCGUCAUGGUUUCCAUCGACAACCACAAGCUGACUGUAGUUGCGAACAACGGUGGCUUUGUAAUUCCCGAAGAAGCCGAUGUUGUUUACGUACCUAGCGCUGGAAGGCUUACCGUUCUGGUGAGACUCGAGGCAGAGCCCGGAGACUACGCCAUGCGUAUCUCGUCCACAAGCCAGAUGCAGAACCUGCAAGCCUACUCAAUUUUGAGAUACCCAGCUAGCCGCAGACCUAUCUACGGUGAGCCGAUGAAGGUUCCACAGCCAGCUUCAGUCGACGACGUUUGUGUUUUGCCUGAUGGUUCUACAAACCAGGGCUGCAAGGCUGAGGCUCAUGUGCCAGAGUUUUACCUCAAUGAGAAGCCUUGGCAGCUAUUCCGCUCGUCUUUGAUGACUCUUCUAUUCCAGGGAGCCAACGAGUCUGGUUCCCAGGAAUCUCUUGGCAAGCCCAUCAUUGAAGGUAUCCCACUGGGCUCCGUCGUUGAUCUCAUCAUCGAGAACAACCUGAACGACACGGUACCACUCUACAAGCAUGCAGAUCCUGCCUGGUUACUCGGCGCACAGCCGAACGCGAGGUUCUCGCACAAGAGCGUGGAAGAGGCUCUCGUAGGUGGUAACCUCCUAUCCAACAACCUCAACCUCAAGUACCCUGCCCUCGUAACAGUCCAUGACCUCCCUCCUCUUGGAUGGAGCGUCUUACGAUUCAAGGUGACGGCAAAGGCCGCUACUAUGAUUCAUGCUGUGAAGCUUAGAUACUUUGCGCUGGGCAUGUCUGCGCCGAUCAUGGAGGGUAUCCUGAGCAGUGACCCUGCAGAGUUUCCCGAAUCGGCCAUCAACCGCCCACAUGUGGAAUUCGAACCGAAGAACGAUAGUGUAUUCGGCUAG